AUGGCACCGGCAGCGUCGCAGGACAUAGAAGAUGAGAUCAAGGACGAGAAGAACCCUAGACCUCUCGACGAAGACGAUAUCGCUCUUCUCAAAACUUAUGGAUUGGGACCUUAUUCUACAAGCAUAAAGAAAGCUGAGAAGGAAAUCAAGGAAAAGGCGAAAGUAAUCAAUGAUUUGUGUGGUAUCAAGGAAUCUGAUACUGGAUUAGCUGCACCUAGCCAGUGGGAUCUGGUUUCUGAUAAGCAAAUGAUGCAGGAGGAGCAACCUCUUCAGGUGGCGAGAUGUACCAAGAUAAUUAACCCGAAUACUGAAGAUGCAAAGUAUGUUAUAAACGUCAAGCAAAUUGCAAAGUUUGUCGUUGGAUUAGGUGACAAGGUUUCUCCAACAGACAUUGAAGAAGGCAUGCGAGUCGGUGUUGAUCGGAAUAAAUACCAAAUUCAGAUUCCCUUGCCUCCAAAAAUUGACCCAAGCGUUACCAUGAUGACGGUUGAGGAAAAGCCAGAUGUUACAUAUAAUGAUGUUGGUGGAUGUAAGGAGCAGAUUGAAAAAAUGCGAGAGGUUGUUGAACUGCCGAUGCUUCACCCUGAGAAAUUUGUUAAACUUGGGAUUGACCCUCCCAAGGGUGUCCUCUGCUAUGGUCCCCCUGGCACUGGUAAAACACUUUUAGCUAGGGCCGUAGCUAAUCGAACUGAUGCAUGUUUUAUUCGUGUUAUUGGAAGUGAACUUGUCCAGAAAUAUGUUGGUGAGGGAGCUCGGAUGGUUCGUGAACUAUUUCAGAUGGCACGCUCUAAAAAAGCUUGCAUUGUCUUUUUCGAUGAAGUAGAUGCUAUUGGGGGUGCAAGGUUUGAUGAUGGCGUUGGUGGGGAUAAUGAGGUUCAGCGUACUAUGCUUGAAAUUGUGAAUCAACUUGAUGGAUUCGAUGCUCGUGGAAACAUUAAGGUUCUGAUGGCAACUAACAGACCCGAUACAUUGGAUCCAGCAUUGCUGCGACCUGGACGGUUAGAUCGCAAAGUUGAGUUUGGUUUGCCAGAUUUGGAGAGUAGGACACAGAUAUUCAAGAUACAUACGCGCACUAUGAAUUGUGAAAGGGAUAUCCGGUUUGAACUUCUGGCUCGCCUCUGCCCGAAUUCUACUGGGGCGGACAUCAGAAGUGUGUGUACAGAGGCUGGAAUGUAUGCCAUUCGAGCAAGGAGGAAGACAGUUACUGAGAAGGAUUUUCUAGAUGCCGUGAAUAAAGUGAUCAAGGGGUAUCAGAAAUUCAGUGCAACACCAAAGUAUAUGGUCUAUAAUUGAAUGAUUGCCCACCCUCCUUCAGAAAAGUUAUUGUUGUUGCACCAGUUAAAACUUGGAACAAGCAGUUUAAUUGAUCUGCCGUUUUAUGGUUUAUUUGUAUUGGUACUUCAAACUGCUUCUCUUGUUACAGCUAAAUCACCGAGAAAUCCUUCCAUUUAUACAUGGUCACCAGUUGUCUUUUUGUGAUACAUUUUCAGUAAUGAUGGAUUUGGUUGGUCUUA